AUGACUACUAACGCGUGACGUCUGCAGGCUGAUGCUGAGCUUCCUGCCAUUCCUUGCUUACCCGCUAUCACUAUGGAGAUGAUGGAUUCUGUGGAACGGACCCGGUUACCGGAGAGGCUGCAGCGGAGAGAGGAGGAAAGGCAGCGGGAGGCGGAGAAAAAGCGGCAAGAGAAGGAAGGCCAGGCCGUGCAGGAGGAGAAGAGCGGGUACUUCAACUCCAGCUUCGGCCUGGAGAGAGCCGCCAUUGAAGAGGCGUUGUCCGGGGAGGACGCGGGGGCUGAGGCUUUGGAUGAGGUUUCCGGGCGGCUCCAGCGGCUGCAGAAGCUGCUGAAUGACAGCAUGAUGUUCCUGGCGUCCUAUGACAUCCGGCAGGCCCAGGAGCACCUCACCCGGCUGCAGGCCGCCCUGGAGACCCGGCGCCAGCAGCUGCAGCCCAAUAAGAAAUUCGCCUUCAAGUCCCGAAAGAAGGAGGCCCCAGCCGCUACCGCCCAGCCCGCGCCCCCGGUGACCCGGCCCAAGGAGACCCCUGCGGAGCCGGCUGACCAGUGCGGCCUGCGGGGCCUGAGCGGACAAGUGCUCUUCAUGGAGGCCGAGGAGAUCGGGCAGAAGGACGUGCAGCUGAGCCAACUGCGGCAAUGCACCAUCACCCUGCGCGGGAGCCCGGCCACCCUGCACAUGCGGGACCUGAGUGGAUGUAAGGUGCUGUGCGGCCCGGUGGCCACAUCCGUGUUCGUGGAUAACUGCUCCGACUGCCUCUUCACCUUCCCGUGUCAGCAGCUGCGCACCCACAGCAGCACAGACUGCCGCUUCUACCUGCACGUCACCAGCCGCGCCAUCAUCGAGGACUGCAGCGGCCUCCACUUCGCCCCGUUCACCUGGAGCUACCCCGGCAUCCAGCGGGACUACGAGCUGACCGGCCUGGAUCAGAGCUGGAACAACUGGGAUCUGGUAGACGACUUCAACUGGCUGGCAAUGGACGUCAGAUCCCCAAACUGGAAAGUCAUCCCCGAGGAGGAGAGGAUUACGCACUGGAACUGAGACCAGAGCGCCGUACUGAUGUCCAGCCGUAUACGUCGGGUCACAUGGAGACCGAGCUUAUUUAACGCCUGUACUUGUAUGACUAUAGCCAUGUACUCCAGCCAGACUGUUCGUCACCGGAUUACAGGGAGCAGAUGAUGUCGGACAUCGUCGUGUCAAUAAAUGGUUCUGUUUAUAGGGCAUCUGUCAGCACAUUUGUACCUAUGACACUGUCUGACCUGUUACAUGUGCGCUUGGCAUCUGAAAGCA